AGGCUAACCUUCGAUCUAAGCAAAAUAGCUAAAAGCAGUACAGUGUAGCUGACUAGAAUGAACUGGGUGUAUUUGCUAUGUGCAGCUGGGCUGCUAGUCAUCAAAGCAUCUAGUCAAACGCUACCAACCACCAAAUACAACUGUAGUCAGAAUGUGUCUUCUUUGAGUGAAUUGUUGAAAGUAGACCCUCAGGACUCCAACUUGGUGAUAUGUGUCGAGCUUGAAUCUAUGGAAGAAGUGCUCCAGUAUAGCAACAUGACGGUGCCUUUUAGUGUUGUGAUAAAACCUGCAGUGUCUGGGGAAAGGUCUACUGUGACCUGCAACAACAGUGUGGUGUUGCCACUGACAGACUAUUAUGUGUUUCCACUCAUUUUCAACACUUCUAAGUUUGUUGUGAUUGAGAAUAUUGACUUUGUUGGAUGUAUGAGGCCUGUACAGAUACUAUGGGUCAAGGAGGUGACGUUGAUUGAUACAACUUUCAGCAACUUUAAUCCUGCUGGAGCUCUGGAGAUAUCCAACAGUCCUCGGAUUAUCGUGGACAACUGUCAAUUCACCAACAACACAAGUCAGGGAAUCGGCAAAACAAGAUACAGUGGAAACUCUGGGGGUAUGUCAAUCGGAUUUGAUGGAACUCCGAGACCCCCUGAAUUUCAAAGUAUACCCCCUGAAAUAUUUAUCACUGAAACUCAAUUCACAAACAAUUCUGCUAACGCAAGUGGGGCUUUCGUUUAUGAAGUGUCUUAUGUGCUCAAAACGAACAUAUUCAAUCAGCGAGGUGGUGCCAUGGCAAUCUACAUCGGGUCUCCAAACUAUACAGCGCAAAUUCUCAUUCAAAAUUGCACUAUCAAAGGCAAUCAAGCUCUCGAUUCCGGAGGGGGUAUCUACAUGAACAUUGGUGGGGAAAACAAUAACCACAGCAUCAAAAUUAUAGAUACUAACUUCAUCGAGAAUAAUGGACCCGACGGAGGUGGAUUGGAGAUAACGCAGUACUCAAACGUACGCAUCGACGAACCCCAUCAUGCUGUGAACCUCAUUAAUUGUAAUUUUUUACGAAAUGUCGCCACAUUUGGCGGAGGAUACAAGAGCAUUCAAAUCUUCGUGUACUUGAAUACAGUGAAUCUGUAUAAUUGUACAUUCAUCAACAACUCCGCUCAAGUGGGAGGUGCAUUGUAUUUGCAGUCUGUCUUCACUGUUCCUCUGGUAACUCUGCUGGAGAACUCAAUCAUUGAGGACUGUACGUUUGAGAAUAACAAUGGAAAUCGUGGCAUUCUCUUUGUCAUUCAAAACUCUGUUGGUAUCCGUGGCAAUACAGUGUUCAGGAACAACACUGGUCCGGCUCUAAGAAUUCUUCAUUGUCUUGUCUCCCUUGGGGGUGAGAUAUCGUUCCUAGGCAACCAUGCCCACCCUGAAGGUUUCUCAGGUGCUCUGUAUUUCUCUCAGUACGGACAGGUGUUACUGAGAAGAGGAGUGAGCAUCAGCUUCAUCAACAACACUGGAAAAGAGGGUGCCUGCAUUGUGGUGAGGAGGCAGCUCUUAUCUGCAGGGUUUCCACAGCAGCUGUACAAUCCGCAGUGCUUCCUCCAGUACGAGGAGCCCGUUUUCCCACCACACGAGUGGAAUGUGACCAUGUUGUUUGAGGGCAACAAGGCUCAGCUUGGACCGAUCAUCUUCACCUCCGACUUUAACCCCUGUCAAUGGUACAACCGAGAGCAGCCUUUCUUCUCUCUUAACAGCUCUAUCGUGUGGCCAUUCAUGGAAAUGAGAGAAAACUACAUCAUUCGUGGAAAUGAGUUGAUAUUAUCCCCUGAGGACUAUGUUCAAACUGAGAUACAUUCACUCCUCAUCCCAAACAUCACCAGCAUUACUGCUUCCCCUGGAACCAUCGUGACAUUGGAUGCGAUAGCACUGGACCAAUUCAAUAGAAACACGUCUGCAUUUCUGGAGCUGCUCAAUGAUCAGGACGCAGAUGACAAUGUUGUAUUUGAGCCGAGCAUUGCUCAGACAGUGGCUGGUAGCGAACACAUCAGCUUCACCUACAGCAGCCAAAAGUUGCUAGGGAAGACUGACAUGAUCCUGAGGGCAUCCUUCAUCAGCACUGAACAGAUACCGAGUGCUAACCUGACUCUGAUCCACGAGCCCUGUCUCCCUGGUUACAUCCUCGAGGGUGACAGGUGUGAGUGUCGGGAGGGAACUAAUACUGUCCUCUUCUGUCUACCUGACCAGAGAGGGGUCUUACUGGCUGAUGGACUGUGGGGAGCCCCUCCCAGCUGGAGCCGCUCAUUGGUCACUCACACCUGCCCCUCUGGUUACUGCAACUGCACUGGAGACAGAGAGUUCCAGGAGAGUGAAGGAUGCCCUCUCUUCUAUCAGGACUCGAACAGAAUCUGUGAUGACACCAGAGAAGGACUGCUAUGUGGCCAGUGUAAAGGAGACUGGGGGGUGGGGCUACUCAGCAACCUCUGCAGGGAGUACCAGUACGCCUUUGCACAAGCUUACCUCCUCGUACCAAUAUACCUGACGCUACUCGUGGUUGGGCUGGUGUUGAUUGUGCGACUGGGUAUUCACUUACCCACUAUAUUCCGAGGGUUCCUCUUCUACAUACAAGUGUCGUCAGUGGCUGUAGCCUACCUACCAGUGACCUUUAGACUCAGAACAGACGUGAUGGAUUGUAUAUGGAGUGCCACUGCAUUGUACGUCCCCUACGACUUCAGUUUCCAUGCCAACCUCACCUCCCUGGAGUCGUAUGGACUGAGAUACCUGACACCUUUGAUAGCACUCGUUGUUGUACCGAUUGCAGCCAGAGCUGGGCGUUCCUCUCAUUCCAAGUACUGGCACGGAGUGUGGACCAUCAUUGUUCUCAUGUACACACGUGCCGUCGAUACGUCCAUUUCCCUCCUCCACUGUCCAACACUUCACGGGCAGCUGUCCACAGGAGAGCUCGACAUUAUCACUCCGUGGUUCUUCGAUGGCAGUGUGCAAUGUUUCCAAGGAGCCCACAUCUUCCUCACCAUUGUGUCUCUGGCCAUGCUGCUCUUCUUGAUAGCACUCAUACCUCUCACUGCACUCAUCAUCUACCAUCGAAAGAUCAAAAGAACAGGUUCAUCUCUGGAGAGAGUUGAGAAACUGUCAGUAGCCAUCACGACUGGGUUCAAGGACGAGUGCAAAUGGUGGCCAGUGGUGGAGCUCACGUCUCGACUCAUCUUCAUCACCGUGGUGCUGGUCAUACCUGGUCUCACUUUUGUGCCUCUCAUUCUCUCCCUGGUGUAUCUGGUGCUGCUCAUAACGGUCCUGCCCUACAAGAACAAGUGGGCCAAUGCUGCAGAGAUAUUUGUACUGUUCUGGCUAGUGGCUCUGUUGGCUCUGGGUAACACGACACCUGUCAUUAUUGCAAGCAAGGACCUGGAUCACUUCACUCUCUGGCCUCUGUUCUUCUUGCCAGUGGCUAUAGGGGCUGUGGUCUUCGUCGUCAAGAUGGCUUACCAACUAGGGAACUGGUGCAAAGCUCGAAGACGGAGUGUCAAGAGGCGUAUAAGAAACUCUGCAGCAAACCAACAAAGUCGACUGCAGAAAUUCAAAUCGUCCUUUUCGCUAAGGUCUAAUUUAUCUACUGGGAAGCCCCAGAAUGUCACUAUGACAACUGUGAGCUUCGACGAUGUAGAAGAUGAGUAUGAAUUCGUUGAACAGGCAGCCACUAGUGUAACUCGAGUUGACAAUACAAUUGACAAUUAGCACAGCUGUCGUUUUAAUGUGUUUUGUUAUGCACUUUUUAUGCACUUUUUACAAACAUUGUUGACGUUAAUUUUUUAUUUUAUAACAAAUAAUUGGGAUUUUAUUACGAAUAAAAAGAAUCGCGAAAUUAAUUUUGUA